AUGACGACCGUGAGUUAUUGAAUACAUUCGCAUAUUGUUAUUGUUACAUAGCUAAAUAGCUAACACGUAGCUAGCUUCUUAGCUGGUUCUGAGAUUGCACUGCAGUGUUUUGAUCCAUAGCUAGUUAGUCUGAUUAAUCAGUAUGUAAUGCACAAUGAAUUGGUAUACAGCCUAAUGCCUGCAAAAUCGUGUAAAUGUUCCUUACAAGCCAGAAUGUUUAAUACAAUUAUAUUAUUGUUAUAUCGGUUGUCUGUGCGGUUUGUCCUUGAGACAAAAUAUCCACAGGAAAGUAUAGUUUACCUGAAUCAGUAUCUGGGCGUAUCUGGACUCAAACUCCCAUUCACCAGCUCUGCAAGCAUUAUAAUGUCAAAAUACAUUCGUUGAUCACCAAAUAUGGAGUUUCGCUGAGCAACUAUCUUCAUUUACCCCUGUAACGGCCGGAAUGUACUAACAAAAAAGGUCAAAAUAUAAAUUUACAACCAACUGAAGAAAAAAAAAGCCUAUUAGGAGCCUCCAAAAUAUUGAGCAGUUGUAGAUUUCCUACCUGUGCAUGGCAGUAAUGAGUGAUUGGAGGCGCCGAAAAGGCUUAUUUUGUUUCGGUUGCUUGUAAAUUUUUAUUUAGACGUUUUUUUAGAAGUACAUACCAGCCUUUAAGGGUGUAAAUGAAGAUAGUUGCGCAGCGAAACUCCAUAUUUGGUGAUCAACGAAAGUAUUUUGACAUUAUAAUGCUUGCAGAGCUGGCGAAUGGGAGUUUGAAUCUGCGCUUUCUGAGUAUUAGGGAGGUCUCUAACACUAAGAUACUGAUUCGGGUAAACUAUACUUAACACAAAAAAGGUGUGGAAUGCUCUCCAUCCUCCCCUGAUUCAGAAAAGCAUGGGGUUUCAUUGUCAUGGCAUGCUUGGUUCAAUAGCUAUUAAUGAAAGAACCGAAUAUCCAAUACAAAACUCAUUUUACCUCGGGGCAGAACCGAACCAUAUACCUACCUGUUUUCUAAAAAGUCAGGUAAACAAUACUUUCCUGUGGAUAUUUUGUCUCAAAUUUCGAGCAGCUGAAGAACAAAUUCAACCGCACAGACAACCGUUGUAGAGUAAGUUUAAAUGUAAUUUUAUUCAACAUUCUGGCUUGUAAGAAACAUUUACACGAUUUUGCAGUCAUUAGUUCAGGCUGUAAAUACCAAUUAAUUGUGUAUUACAGCCUGAUGAAUCAGACUAAUAGCUGAGCUAGUCAUUGCUUGCUAACUGGUUAGCUGUCCCAUACUAGCAUGAGAAUGAUGCGUAACUCAUGGAAUACGAAUCCGUUUGUGAAUUAUUCCCACAGAAGCACGAAUUCUUUGUGGACAUGACAUGUGAGGGAUGCUCCGGUGCUGUCACCCGAGUCCUCAAUAAACUGGGUGAGUGUCUCUUAUAGCUAAACGUCACAGCAAAUCCAGCUUCCUGGAACAUCUGGAAGAGGUUGUUAAACAACACGCACACGCGUCCACACGCACACACACUUAGCUAAAUUCAGCAAAUAUAGAUUACUUGUCAUAUUGACUUGGCUUGCUAAAAUUUUUUUUUUUUUUUGUCUUAUCUGUUGGCAUAAGGUGGUGUCCAAUUUGAGAUCGACCUCCCCAACAAGAAGGUUUUCAUUGAGUCUGACAAGGACACGGAUGUGCUUCUGGAGACACUGAAGAAGACUGGAAAGGCAGCCAACUACAUUGGCCCCAAGUGA